AUGUCUAGCAUCACCGUGGAACCUCUUGUCUUCCCCAAGACGUCAGGUGUCAACUUUGGUGCCAAAGUAUGCAAUGCAGACAUCGAGAACCUUACUGACGCCGACUUUGACGUUAUUCGCGAUGCGCUGUUUAGAAACCAAGUGGUGGUUUUUAAGAACCAAAGUCACGUAUCGCCAAAGGCUCAGUAUGAGUUGACCAACCGAUUUGACCCUGCCGCAACUUCAUACGGCCACGGCAAGACUAUUGAUGCCAAGCGCAGCGUACUACAUCCCGAUCUUAAGACAAUCCCCCAUCAGCCUCAGGUGCAGGUGAUUGGCAAUGGUCGUGUGGCCGAGUACGAGGGUCUCAAGAACAUCCAGCUUCGACAUCCUCACCAUAAAACUUUUCAUGCAACAUCUGUUCCCGCAGAGGAUGACCUAGAUUACUCCCGCUUCUAUCGAUGGCACAUUGAUGCUGCCUUAUAUGGAUUAGCUCCACCUGUCGUCACUACGCUGCUCGCAGUGAAAGUCCCCGGCGGCCGGCGCCAAACGUGUCGCUACGAUGACGGCACCGGUGAUGAAUUAGACGUCCCUCUCGGAACGACUGCCUUCAUUUCUGGAUACUCGAUGUACGAUAUUCUCUCGGAUGAAGAUAAAGACUUUGUGCGCACCUCCAAGAUUGAGUAUGCUCCACACCCGUACAUCUGGAUGUCAACCGCCAAAGCACGAUCUACCGGCCUGGGCAUGAUCUCUCAGGGCAAGGAAAUCCCUAUGAGCGAGCUCCCCCCAAUCGAGGAGGACAAGAUUCAGAUCCUACCGAUGUGCUGGAGGAAUCCAGUUACCGGAAAGCUUGCCGUCCAAGUGCAUCCUUCAGCAGUUCGAAAGAUUCAUCUGAAGGAUGGCACAGUUAUCGAUGAUCUGGAAAAGGUCCGCGAGAUUGUCUAUCGUCUGCAACGCCCGGGCAUUGCACCCAAGAUGGUGUAUGCUCACGAUUGGGAGGAAGGAGACUUUGUGCUCUUUCAUAACCGUGGGGUCCUUCACUCGGUCGUCGGUGCAUUCGCAGAGGAUGAGGUCAGAUUGUUCCGGCAAUGCAAUGUGGCUGCUAGCUUUUUGCCCGAAGGACCUCUGGAGGUGAGCGUGACUGCUUGA